GCAGAGCAGUGAGAAGAAAGAAGGAAACGCGGUUUGGCCUUUUGUUGAAUCUCUUCUCUUCGUUUCUCUUCUCUGCACACCACGCCACUACUCUACUACCUUUCCUUUCCUCUUUUCGUUCUCUUUCUUCCUUGCUUUCGAUUUCUCCGGCAGAGCUCAAACGGGACUCUGCCCCUCCAGAAAUAGAAACGGAGAGAGACAGGGGCGAGAGGGGACCUUCUUCUUUCUGGGUUGUUUGCAGAAAAUGAAACAGAAAGGUCUGCUUCCAAUUCCAGAAGAACUCAUCUUUUUCUUCUUCCUCUUCCUGCUCUGUUUUGGUAUCUUCCCUCUUUCUUCCUCUGUUCCCGAGUCGUCGCCGGAGAAGUCAGCCCUGCUGGACUUCAAGUCUUCGGUCUCCGAUCCCCAUGGAAAUCUUCUCUCCGCCUGGAAUCCGGAGCUCCACCACUGUGCAUGGGCUGGGGUGGCUUGCAACUCCCGGUCAGAGGUCGUCUCCAUCAGAAUCCCCGGCGGCGGCGGAAGAGGUAGCUCCGAGGAUCUUUCUUGUUCCGACGCUUUCAAGUUUCCUAUCCUGGGGGCCAGGCUGAAGAGGGUUUGCUCUGGUUGGGGUCGUCGUGGGAAGUUAGUCGGAAAGUUGUCGCCUUUGAUUGGGAAGCUCAGUAAGCUUAGGGUUUUGUCUCUGCCUUUCAACGACCUCGGCGGCGAAAUCCCUUCUGAGAUUUGGGGUUUAAAGGAGCUAGAAGUGCUGGAUCUGCAAGGAAACUUGUUUACCGGCGAGUACUCUGGUCAAUUUGGUGUUGGGUUGACGAAAUUACGAGUUUUGAAUCUAGGGUUCAACAGAAUCCAUGGAGAAAUCCCUGCUUCAAUUUCCAGAUUUGCUAGUUUGCAGGUUUUGAACUUGGCUGGUAACAACCUGAUUGGGCGGAUUCCUGAAUUCGUUGGCAGUUUUCUGGAGCUCAAGGAACUCAAUUUGGCUCACAAUCAGCUGAAUGGGACAGUUCCCUUUGAGUUAGGGUUUCAUUGUGAGUUUCUAGAACAUAUUGAUCUCUCAGGGAAUCACCUUAUUGGCACUGUCCCUCCCGUUUUAGGAAACUGUCAUCAGCUAAGGACACUCUCCUUGAACUCGAACCGGUUCACCGGCCAAAUCCCUAGCGAAUUUGGCCAGUUGAAGCGCCUGCAGGUUCUUGAUCUCUCGCGGAAUCAUUUCCCGGACACUCUGCCUACAGAACUCACUACAACCCUUCCCCAUGUAAAGGUACUUUGGUCUCCAAGUGAGAAUGUAGAAAGCGAGGUUCCGAGAAAUGCUAGGUCUCUGGCUACAGCUGACAGCGAGGAGACCGCUUCUUCAACUUCUGCUGCAAGCCAUGGAUUGAGUCCAAUCGAGAUAGCGUCGAUAGUAUCAGCAUCAGCAAUCGUCUCGGUCCUCAUAGUGCUAGUGGUCCUCUUCUUCUACAUGAGAAAAUUGACCCCGAAUGCUAGAGUUCAAGUUUCGGAGCCCAAAGAGAUCAUCGAAUUCGUUCCCAUCGGAGUCCCUUUGCUGUACGAGGACAUCGUCCAAGCAACGGGGAACUUCAACACGAGGAACUGCAUUGGCAACGGAGGCUUCGGGGCCACUUACAAAGCAGAAAUCGCUCCGGGCACCCUAGUCGCGGUGAAGAGGCUCUCUGUCGGGAGGUUCCAAGGUUUCCAGCAGUUCCACGCCGAGAUCAAGGCACUAGGAAGGGUAAGGCACCCGCAUCUCGUGACCUUAAUCGGCUUCCACGCCAGCGAAACCGAGAUGUUCCUCAUCUACAACUACCUCCCGGGGGGCAAUCUGGAAAGCUUCAUCAGGGGUAGAUCGGCAGCCACGGUCCAGUGGAAGAUCCUCCACAAGAUCGCCUUCCACAUUGCUCGAGCUCUAGCCUACCUCCACGACCAAUGUGCUCCGCGAAUCCUCCACCGCGAUGUCAAGCCCAGCAACAUCCUCCUCGACGAUGAGUUCAACGCCUACCUGUCCGACUUUGGGCUGGCCAGGCUGCUUGGCACGUCCGAGACGCACGCCACCACGGGCGUGGCGGGCACGUUCGGGUAUGUGGCGCCUGAGUACGCGAUGACAUGUCGCGUCUCUGAGAAGGCGGACGUGUACAGCUACGGGGUGGUGCUGCUGGAGCUGAUGUCGGACAAGAAGGCGCUGGAUCCUUCGUUCUCUUCGCAGGAGAACGGGUUCAACAUUGUCUCGUGGGCGUCGCUGCUGCUGAGGCACGGAAGGGCGAAGGAGGUGUUCACCGCGGGGCUGUGGGAGUCGAGCCCGCACGACGAUCUGGUCGAGAUGCUGCACCUGGCGAUCACUUGCACUGAUGAUACGCUUUCGACUAGGCCGACGAUGAAGAGUGUUGUGCAGCGGUUGCGACAGAUCAGGCCUUCGUGACUUUGGCUCGAGUAUGUGGGAUGGUUAUGUAGAGCUGUUGUUAGGAAGGGUGGUUUGAAUACAAGUGUAUAUUAUAGUAUAGUAGUAGUGUCAGUGAGUUGUGUGGUUUCAUGGUUUGUACUUUGUAAUGAAUGGGGUCUUUGGUGUCGAGCGUUGGGAGUUUUGGGUACAAUAGCCGGAUUGAGUGGGAAGUGGGAACUAUAAGUUCCACCCUUGUUAUUACUAUUAUUGUGUAGAAGAGGUAAUGAGGUGUCUAUCACUGUGCGUAGGAUAUAGAAAUCUUUUGCCUAUCUUCUUGCUAUUAGCAGUUUGGUCUCCAGGGUUGUGUUUGCCUGUUCCUUUCAAUUGUGGAAAUACCAUACCUGCCUAUUUAGGGAUAUGAUAACCUGAGGGAUCUAUGUACAUUGUGUCACUGUCUAUGAGACACUUUAUACAGACAGAUCGAAGCAAAUACGAAUAACAUCAUACGAGCAAUGAAUUAUAAUAGUAAGG